UUUAAACACACCAGAGAGCCGGCGGCGUAGAGCAGAGCUCACACAUACACACACACGCGCACACACACUCUCACACACAUACACAGACAGCUGUCCAGCGCUGAGGGAACUCUAGUGAGCUACACUGAGAGCAAGGCUGAGAAGACAAAAUGAGACAUCUGUACCAGAAAAGCAACGCUUACUGAAGGAGAAGCAGCCUGGGAUGUCCCAGGACAGAGCUAAAGGAGAGGAUAAAACAGACCAGACCUUUGGCCCCCCUGCAAACUUUCACCUCCCAACCCUUGUCCAUCAGUCCCCACCCCCUCCAGCCAAACCCUCAGCACACCGACUGAAGCUACACAUUCCCCAGUGUCCAGAGGAUCUCACUUACAGACUUAUCAGACUGAGAGGGCAUCUGGCCCGUCCACAGAGGGUCACCAGUGGCCACAGCGGUACCGAUGGAAGCCCCAACCCUCGCUGAGAUGGGAGACUUGUGUCAUCCCCGGUCUUCGUCUCCAGAGGGGGAAACCGUGUGUGCAGCUCUAGCCCGUUACGAGAACACUCUCCGGGAUGCCAUUAGGGAGAUCCACAUGGAUGUCAGUGCUUUUAAGCUGGGCAUGGAGCGUCGCCUGGAGCAGACAGCCAACCUGAGUGGGCCUCUCGGACGAGCGGUGGCUCAGCUCCAGCAGGAGAACCAGCAGCUUAGGAGUCAGCUGGAAGCUCUUACCGAACAGGUGGAGCUCCUGAGGGGGAUGAUGUGUGACAGAAGCAACUCAAUGAGCAACAACCACAAUCACAGUCAGAAUCACAAGAAUCACCUUAAUGACAUUCAGGAGAACCAUGAGGAGAUAAAAGAGGUGGUCUACGGGAAGGGUCAGGCUCAGGCUCACAGUCAGAGCCAGACUCACCUCCACAUCCAGCCCUGCACCCUGGGGAGCCAAACCCAGACCUACAGCAGUCUCAGCAGUCAGUCAGGUCCUGCAUCCCCCCCUGCCACCUCCUCAUCCUCCCCCAGCUCCAGCAGUCCUCCUGCUGGCUCUAGAGUUUCCUCCAUGGUGACAGGCCCAGUUUCCAGCAGUAGCCCCUCCACCACCCGCUUCUCCAGCCGAGCCACAUUUGCUGUGUCCAGCAAGACUAACAGCAUUGAGCGAGAAGAGCCAAUAGAAGUGGACCCUGCCCCAACACAUGCUGGGCUGGAGAAUGGGCAUGCUGCUACAACAGAACAUUCAGUGUUGGUACACGGAAAGAUCUCUCCACCCAGUGACUUCCCACACGAGUACACAGCCCCUGUCACCAUGCGGAUGCCCCAUCUCCCCAUCACCGCUACAACCAAGACAGCAGACAUAAAAGGCUCUCCCGACUCUCCCAGCAGUCCCGUUGGUUCUCGGUCCUCUCCUGUUUCUGAGGCCUCACCUCCUAGUCAAUCAACCUCUACCAUCAGCCAGCCCCAACCAAUAGAGGAGUCUCCAAUUCAAUCAGUAUCUUCUGUCAAGACAUGGACCCCCACACCUAUCAGAGCCCUGGGAUCCCCCUGCCUUCAGGAGAAGGUAAAUUCAGCCCCUGCUAAGUCUGUUACUUACUCAGGGCUACAGCAGCAUGAUGGAGAUGGUGAUAUAAAAAGUGACAAGUCCUUUGGGCAGAUAGGAGAGAGGAGGCGGGAACUAGUGAGGUCACAGACUCUGCCUCGUAAUAUUGGUGCUCAGGCUCGUCGCUCUAUCUUUGAAAGACUGGACUCUGAAGCAAGUAAAAGCCGUCCCAAACCAGUGGACUCUAAGCCCAAACUGAAGCGGUCUCAGAGUUUUGGAGUAUCCAGUGCCAGCAGCAUCAAACAGAUCCUUCUUGAGUGGUGCCGAUCCAAGACGAUAGGCUACCAGAACAUCGACAUCCAGAACUUCUCGUCCAGCUGGAGUGAUGGGAUGGCCUUCUGUGCUCUAGUCCACUCCUUCUUCCCCACUGAGUUUGACUACACCUCUCUGUCGCCCGCCAACCGCAAACACAACUUUGAGCUAGCCUUUGGAACUGCAGAAGUGAAGGCAGGCUGUGAUCGGCUGAUUGAGGUGGACGACAUGAUGAUCAUGGGUCGUAAACCAGACCCCAUGUGUGUUUUCACCUACGUCCAGUCCCUCUACAACCAUCUGCGCAAGUUUGAGUGAAGCUCAAACAUCGGGGAUCUAAUUAUCUCCUGUUCUCCUGUUAGACUUAGCUUUUUCAGCCUCCUCCUCGCUGUCAGGUGUUCGGCAGCAGUAGGUUCUUCUCUCUCUGUACCCAACUUUGAGCUGAAUGGAGAUUCAGAGUUGGCUUGGUAGGACUUUGAAAAUACUGUGCUGCUCCCUGGUGGUGGAUUGGUGAACAUCCCUUCAAAAGCUGCAGGAAAAGUGCUCACAGCCUGGACACUGUCUCACGGGGAGAAGACUGUAUGUGGGAGUACAGUCCCAAGCUGUUAACACUAAUGACACACAAAUGUCAGUGCUGGUUUGUCAACAGUAGUUAGCAGUAGUUAGUUUGUUUCCGUUUUUUUGUUUUUUUAAUUUGUAUGUGUAGUUGAGAUAUAUUGGACAAAGAGUUGAAAUGUUGCUGUGAUGUGUAAAUCUUUAUAAUCACCACAAAUUUAGUGUCAAUAUUAGCCUUUUAACAUUGCACCAAUGGAAUGGAUGUAUGUUUCACAAAUGUCAGUAAAGAACUAAAACUGUUUGUGACAGACACUUGGUUA